AUGGCUAAGGGUUCUUAUCCUCAGCUUGUGCUAUUCGGCGACUCGCUAGUGGAGCGUUCUGUCGAUCUGCAAGACGGGUUUUCCAUGCAGGCCGCACUCCAGUCACGAUUCAUUAGGCGGCUUGAUGUCGUGAAUCGAGGCUUCUCGGGUUGGAACACUGCCAACGCCGUCAAGUUUCUCUCCAGCAUCUUUCCGGAGCCGACAGCAACUUCGCCUAAGCUGGAAUACUUGGUAGUCCUCCUCGGCGCCAACGAUGCAUCGCUGCCCCUUCCGACCACCGCACAGCAUGUCCCCAUCGAUCAAUUCAAGGAAAACCUGACGAAAAUUAUUACGCACCCAAAUAUUCAAGCACACGAACCAAAGAUAUUAUUGGUUUCCCCUCCUCCAGUGGAUGAGAUGAAGUUGACAAGGGUUGACCUUGCAAGGGGCCACGAGUGCGCCACUCGGUCAUCUUUGAUCAGUGCCUCGUACUCGGAAAAGGUGCGAGAAGUUGCUCGCGAGCAUCCAAAUGUCGUAUUAGUUGAUCUGUGGAGAGCUAUCAUGGACAAGGCCAUCAGCAUGGCGCCAAACGAUUAUAAAACAGGUGGACCUUGGUUGGGCUCUCGUGACAACGGUAACCAGGGUGGACUGGACCAUCUUCUUCCAGAUGGUCUUCAUAUGAGCGGUGACGCCUAUAGAAUAUUCUACGAUGAGUUGAAGGGCUUUAUCGGACAAGAAUGGGUAAAUCUGGCUGAUGAUGACAGAACAGGGUAUGUAUUCCCUGACUACCGUGUUCUGAACCCUCUCAAGAAUUAA